AAAAGAGGCGAGGAACAUCUCUAGAGGGUUCAGAAAAUUACAAAGGAGAAUCAAAGCGAAGCAAACUGGUUCAGGGCCAACAGACAGGUAUACUUCCUCAUCUAGUACAUGACACAGCACUGACCAUGUGGACUUUGUUACUUGUAGUACUUGCUACUGGAUCACCAGCUCUACUUCAGGCAGCUCCGGUUCAGGGUCACAUUGGCAGAUGCAGCUUUGCCGGUGUUCUCCAUGUUGAGGGAACCAGCCUUUACUCUCUUACUUUCCAACAGGCUUUGGAACUGUGUCAGAGUUUAGAUUACAAACUGGCAACACAGGAACAGAUCAUUGAAGCUUACAAAAAAGGCUUGAGAACAUGCAGAUACGGCUGGAUUGAUGAUCAAAACGUCAUGUUCCUCCCACACGUUAAUGGUCCAAACUGUGACUCCAGUUCUACGGAGGUCACCUUGCACCCUAAAGCAGCAGAGUAUCUUUCUGAUGUUUACUGUUUUAACCCUUCAGAUUCAUCAGUAAACUGUGAAAAUACUGUAAAAAGUAACUCUGAGGGCUUAACUAAUGGAAACACAGCCAUAGAAAAUGGAAAGUCACAUGAAGACAUUCUUAAGGAGGUCAAGACGGAGGGCUUUCUAGUAGAUUUGGAAGAGAUACUGGGAAGAGUAAAAAGAGAAACAUCCCCUUUGAAUGACAUGGAGGUCCCCAAAACAGUUCUUCCUGAUGUGGACAUGAAACCCUCUACUGUGGCUACCUUGGACACUAAAGGCCCAACAAACAAGCCCAGUUUUGGGAAGAGCUCAUCCUCUGUUUCCCCCAGUGUUUUCUUUUUCGAUACAGAGGGGAGUGGAUCAGCAUCAGAAUUCGAGCCUAAUCAAUUCACAACAAGGUCGAUUACCAUCUUGCCAGCUGAGGGUAGAUCCAUAGAGAUACCUGUGAAUCCAAAAAAAAACAAUCGAAUUUUGAACGCCAGUUUUGAAGGUCAACCUGAAAUUGUUGAUACCAUUUUACCUCCAGAAUCAUCCAAAGGGAACGGACCAUCUACUUGGUUGAUAAUCUUUGCAUUCUGUGUGGUUGUUGGAGCCAUAGUAUGCAUACUUGCUGCUAUUGCCACAAGAGACAAGUGGUAUGGACCGAAACAGAGCAGAAACAUCAUGACUGAGGAGCACAACAAAGACUACAGUAAAACAGAAACGCUGCCACUGUCAGAAAAAGAGCAGGAGAUAGUGGCGCUGAUGAGUGUUACAAACUUGAAGAACGGUACAACAGAGGACAAUAUAGCUACCUGUGUGGAUGAGCGUGAGAGAGAAUAUUUAAUGUAACACAGGUGAAGCUGAUGGAGGGAAAAUGGCUGACGUUGGCAGAGCCUGAGCUUUGAAUAAAGCUCUUAAAAUAGAUCAAAAUAAUAAUACACAGUAUGCCAAAUAAAAAGUGUCUUUGAUUUUUUUUUUUUUAUAAUGGAUACUGUGUAGGUUUGAAAACUCUGCUGUAGUUUUUAUUUGCACUGAUUUUUUUUCUUUUUUUUUUCCUGCUCGGAGUGCAAUUUGCUUCCAUUUCAUUGCAUCAAAAAAUCAUAUUUCAAAUUUCCUUUCCUUUUUAAAGUAUUAUUUCAAUAAUAUAAAAAGCUUAUUAUCUCUUGUUGAGUGAUGUUAAGAAUGAUAUGGUGAGAAAACAUUUUUAUACUGGUUUUCAUCUGUUCGUAAGUACUAUGUACUGUGUGAGAAAUGUUACAUUUUUAGACAUUGCCCUGUCUUUUAUAAAUAGAGAAACCAUAUUCAGUUUGUAUUGCAAUGAAGCAAUUGUAAAUCUUUUCAUUUAUUAAAUUACCCAUAAAAACAUA